AUGUCAACCCACAUGUUGAAGUCUUUGACCAACCGGGAAUACGACGAUUAUGUUAAUCAACGUUUAAGUCGUCUGGAGCAACAAGCUGAUUUAUUUCGCUCUUUCCUCGCAACAACCGAAGAUCCUAUCAUGAUCGAUGACAACAACUCUCGAUCUCUUAAUAACAACAAUCAAAGGCCUUUUCGUCGUUCCAACAGCAGCUCACAACAUAAUAACGAAAGAGCAAGUUUGCCGAUACGACGACGACCAUCAGCCAAUGACAACAAUAGUAGACGAAGACGUCGCAUGCCAAGUCAUGAGAAUCUUCCAUACUUGUAUCAUGAGCAGAAUGAUCCAUGGCAUAAUAAUCAAGGUGUUUCUAGUCAACAAUAUCCUCCUCCUCGUUUUCGACGACGACCACGUUCUUUUACAAUGGGCACAGCAGAUUCGUAUUCAUCCACUGGAUAUUAUCAUAGCGAUAAUGAUGAAGAUGAAGAAGAUGACGAUUCUGUGAUGCGUAGACGAGCUCUUUUGACUGAGCAUAAUACGAUAAGGAAUGCCAAUGCAGGUCGUCUUCCAAACAACAUGCAACAACCCAAUGAUACCCCUAUCAAACCAAUAUUACAACAUCGCCCUGCCGAGACAACCAACCCAAUCCGAUACAAUACGCAUUCUGCACCACCGCUACAAUCACAGCAACCACCACCAGCAACCACUACAACAACAACAGCAGCAGCAACCACUACUACUUCCUCCCCCAAUGCACCCAACAAUGAUAUUCAACAAACAACAUUAUCAGUACAACCACAACCACAAGCUGGAUUGGUGGAAGAUCCUGUCGAAUCUAACACGACUACUCCGACCAUGUCAAGUGGCACCACCGCCUCCUCAUCCACUACCACAGGCACGGCUUCUCCACUGAAAAAGAAAAGCCGCGGUUUUUGGUCUCUUUUGUUCAAUAGCAGUAAACAUCGAGAUCAACCACGAGAUUAUACACCAUCACCCAAUCCUUCCAUGUCUACACCUGUUGAUAGUACCACCAAAGCCAAUAGCAGCGGAGGUGGACGUGGUACCAUUCGAUCGAUUACAACCACGAAUGGUGCUGUGGGGGAUGUGUUGAACCAGCAGCAACAGGAUGAGAUUGUGCAACAACUCCCAAAGAGUAUCACAACAUCACCAAAUAACAACAACAUCAUGAAGGUUGCGGAUCUGGACCGUAUCUGGGUAUUUCGUGCCACAGAGCAGAAUACUACGUCUGCCAAUGUAUGGAUCACUUUUGACUACAAGAAUCAAGAAAUCCUCAACAACUAUGUCCAGCACCUACAACAAGCAAAGUACCAGUUUGAUCAUGGUAUCGAUCUUUUCGAUUCACACAUUCGCCAAGGGCAAUUGCCCGUUUUGGUGCUUCCGACCCGACAGCAGGCUUUUUAUCCAACAAGCCUUUCUGGAGACCAUAUCGUUAGUCUUCAAGUUUAUUGUCUUCCUAAUUCAUCCGAACUUCAAUUUGUGUAUCGUCAGCAUCAACAAUUACAUUAG